CGUAUGCUACCACCACGCAGUCAUAGAAAAUGAAAACUUCUGGCCUCUGUCCUUGAAAAGGUAUAAAAUUUCUCCUCCUCUCCCUCCGCAAUCCCCAUAUAUAUUCCAAAUCCAAACCUUCAACGUCGUUAGGCGACUACUCAUUGAUUGAGCUCCACGAUUCCACAGCAGACGUCACCAUGGAAGAGAGCUUGCUAUUACCAAAACGCAGAGAAGAAGAGCAGCAACAGAGAAGAAAUAGUACUACAAGUAUUCUGACAUGGACUUCUUUCUUCGAAGAAGUGAAGAGGUUGGGAUGCAUAGCGGGACCCAUGGUUGCCGUGAUUCUAUCUCAGAGCUUGUUGCUGGUCAUUUCGAUGAUGAUGGUCGGCCACCUGGGCGAGCUCGCUCUCUCAAGCUCCGCCAUCGCCAUCUCCCUCUCCAACGUCACCGGCUUCAGUCUUUUCUUGGGAAUGGCUAGUGCAUUGGAAACUCUGUGUGGUCAAGCAUAUGGAGCAGAACAAUAUCAGAAACUUGGACUUCACACUUACACUGCUAUAUUUUCUCUCAACUUAGUCUGUCUUCCUUUAUCUUUGAUAUGGAUUUAUAUGGAGAAGUUACUGAUUUUCAUGGGUCAAGACCCUGUAAUUUCCCGUGAAGCCGGCAAGUUCACAAUCUGGCUUAUUCCCGCGCUUUUCGCUUAUGCCACUAUUCAGCCACUCAUCAGAUACUUUCAGACACAAAGUUUAAUAAUUCCUAUGCUCAUAAGCUCCUGUGCGACCCUUCUGUUCCAUAUUCCUCUGUGUUGGCUUCUAGUAUUCAAGUCUGGACUCAACAACCUUGGAGGAGCAUUAGCAAUCAGUAUUUCUUAUUGGGUGAAUGCGAUUCUACUUGGAUUGUACAUGAAGUUUUCUGCUACCUGUUCUAAAACCCGAGCUCCAAUUUCUAUGGAGGUAUUCCAUGGAAUCGGAGAGUUCUUUCGCUUUGCCAUCCCUUCUGCAAUAAUGAUAUGCCUUCAGUGGUGGUCAUAUGAGCUGCUUAUCUUGCUGUCUGGACUUUUAUCAAAUCCGGCUUUUGAAACUUCAGUUCUGUCUGUAUGUCUGCAGACGAUUUCGACACUCUAUGCAAUACCUUAUGGGUUUGCUGCUGCAGCAAGUACUAGAGUUUCAAAUGAACUAGGAGCUGGUAACCCACAAGGUGCUCGAAUAGCUACUUUUUCUGUCAUGUUUCUUGCAGUCGCAGAGAUAAGUAUAAUAACCACGACCCUUUUUGCCUGCCGGAAUGUAUUUGGUUACACUUUUAGCAAUGAGAAAGAAGUCAUCGAUUACGUCACAACCAUGGCUCCUCUAGUUUGCCUGGCCGCUGCCCUAGACAGUUUGCAAGGGGUCCUUUCAGGUAUUGCUAGAGGAACCGGGUGGCAGCAUAUAGGGGCUUACAUAAACCUCGGAGCUUGUUAUCUUUGUGGGAUUCCAGUUGCAGCCACAUUGGCUUUCUGGAUACAGCUGAGAGGAAGGGGCCUUUGGAUUGGAAUACAAGUUGGUGCUUUUGUGCAAACCGUGAUGCUCUCUUUUGUAACAAUUAGUACAAAUUGGGAAAAGCAGGCAACUAAGGCAAGGGAGAGGAUAUUUGAGGGAAGCCCCCCACAAGUUAAUGACUUGUGUGACAAGGCAGAGAGUAAUGAGUUUUGAUGAGCGCAAUUUUCUUUGUUGCGGGGAUAAGAAGAAAGUAUUAGCUUUAUUCAUUCUUCUGGCACUAAAAAAAUUGUAAUAACAUAUUCGAAUUUGAUUCAUACGUAUAGACUUGUGGUAUUCGGUCUUGACUAAGAUCAAGUGAGAUAGACGUUCUCAAAUGCAACAUGGUGUCCUGAAUCUACUGAUAGCUUGCAUUGCAGUUGCUGCUCAAAAUCCGUAUCAGAAUGUCAGCGGAAAGUGUACUGCAAUAUCCGGCAAGAAAGAGCAGCUGAGUUCCCGGCAAUUUAAUCAUGAUGUAAAGUUGACAAAAACUCAGCUGAGUUAUGCAAUUUAUUCACACAUCCAAUACAAAGAUUACUUCUUUCUCAACCCCUAUAUCGAAA